CGGCCGCUUGAAGCGCCAUCACGCCUUUAUGAAGAAGAUGGGCCGAAUCAGGAGAGCGACUGCAGCAGCACAGUGCAAUAGGGUCGUAACAAUAUUACACCCAUAGUGACACGCAGGCAGUUUUGUUUUAAUUUUGAACAGGACUUGUUGUUCUGGCGUCAUUUUGAGGAAAGGACAGCCUUUGCUUUGAUGACGUGUUGAAGUCCGGCAUGCGCAGAUGGGACGGCGGCUGCUCUGGACCUUCGCGUUUGCACCCGUGGAACUGUGGAGGAAGGACGGAUCGUGCCCAAGAUCGCCGCUCCUCUUGCUCAGACUGGAUCGAGGCUAAUGGGGAAGACACCAGUGACCAUAUUGUGCCCUGAUCAAUGAUCAUACUCAACAGGUGUCCAGGAUGUAUUCCCUGCGGAAGACAGUGUUGCUGGUGAUUGUGGCCUCAGUGCUGCUGGUGGCAGCCCUUCUCCGCUCCUGGACGCCGAGGACCUACACCACCGUGGACGUCCGGCAGAGACCAGGGAACAGCGUGGAGCGGCUCCUGGAGGAGAGGCUGCAGGACUCUGACCAGCGAUACAGCAGCAUACCGUACCAUCUGAAGGAGAGCGUAGCUGGCCUGCUCGCCCGGAACGGCUGCGCGUGCGAGGGGGAGGGCGGGGGGGUCCGCCUGCCCUUCGCCCAGCUGCUGUUCCCGCGGGUGUCGGCCCACCCCCUGCACACGGCCUUCGAGCCCUCGGAGCUGGAGGAGCUGAAGCGCCGCCGCGCCCAGGAGUACCACGGCUUCCAGAUGAGGUCCCAGACACCUGCGGAUCUGCUUAUUGUAGCAGAAGCCAACAGCCCCCUGCAGUACCCCACCCAGGGGGUUGAGGUGCGCCCCCUGAAAACCAUCCUAAUCCCGGGGCUGGCGCUACAAGAACCACCCAGAGAUCUUCACUCGGUGAACUUCACUGCCACCCUGGGAACGUUCAACGUGGCCGCAGAAGUGGACGGAGUAAAGAUAAAAGGCGAUGGGGAAAUGCACAUGACCCUCUCCAGCAACCUGCUGCCAAACCUGAACCGACAGCUGCAGUUUGUCACCUACACCAACACCCUCUUCCACCCCAGCACUGCCGACACAGUGCAGUUUGAGACCGAUGGACACCAGGCGAUGUUCACAGUCAAGGUCCGUCAUGGCGUCACCCCAAAACUAUAUAACCCUGGACCAAAGGGAGAAUACAAUAUCAGUGCGCUAGUCACCAUAGCAACCAAAACAUUCCUGCGCUACGAGAAGCUGCAGAAUCUGAUUGACAGCAUACGGCGGUAUUACCCCACCGUCACCAUAGUGAUCGCGGACGACAGCGAGCACCCGAAGCCCGUGACCGGCCCUUACAUCGAGCAUUACAUCAUGCCUUUUGGGAAGGGCUGGUUCGCGGGGCGCAACCUGGCCGUUUCCCAGGUGACCACCAAGUACGUCCUGUGGGUGGACGACGACUUCAUCUUCACGGGCAGCACCAAGCUGGAGAAGCUGGUGGACGUGCUGGAGAGCACCACCCUGGACCUGGUGGGCGGAGCCGUGCGGGAGGCCACGGGUUACACCGCCACCUACAGGCAGACGAUAUCCAUCGAGGCCGGGGAGGAGGAAGGCGACUGCUUGCACAUGCGCAGGGGCUUCCACCACGUCGUCCAGGGAUUCCCCAACUGCGUCAUCACCGAUGGUGUCAUCAACUUCUUCCUGGCUCGGACCGACAAGGUCCAGCAAGUGGGCUUCGACCCCCGGCUGGCGCGGGUCGCUCACCUGGAGUUUUUUAUCGACGGCUUGGGGUCCCUCCACGUGGGCUCCUGCGACGACGUAAUCGUCGGCCACGCCACCAAGAUCAAGCUGCCUUGGGGCCAGUCGGAGAGCGACAAGACGUACGCCAAGUUCCGCUACCCGCCGGCCUCCUCCGACGCCACGCACACCAAGAACGGCCUGCUCUACUUCAAGAACCGCUUCCAGUGUUUGACUCACAACUGAGCCCCCUGCCCCUCACCGCUCCUGCUCCCUUUCUCAAUGACCCCCGACUGAGCUGCCAAAGAAGGUCCCUUUCCUGUGUGAGACCCAGAAGCUAUUCCGUAUUCUUUUUGGUUUUUUUUGGUUUAUUUUUCAGGAAGACCGCCGGCCCCCAUUAAGUUAUAGUGCCGUGAAUAUAAAAGUGUGACUCUCCUCCCUACACCCCCCCCCCCCACA